CAGCCGCACCACGAGUCAAGGGAGGCUGACACGGGGCGGAGGUGAGCUCGUGUUGGAGACUGGCUUGAAAAAUCAACGCUCGAAUGAAACUAUAGUGGGUGGAGUUACGAUGAUGUAGGUAGAGGACAAGUAUCCUUCGUCCGCCGAAACCAUGCGUCAUGAUAGCUGUGACCGCCGCGGGUAAAGAGGAUGCUCGAGCAUGAGGGCGCAGCAGACAUGCGACUGGUCCGUCGGAUGAACACAGGCAUGAAGAUCCAAGCGGGGGGCGAGCACAUGGGCUGCAGUAGGGUGGGAGAGGGUCAGGAGAGCCAGGUCAUCUGUCUCCAAUGUCAGGACGAGGGAGUGCGAGUCUGUCCGGGUAGUCCGUUAAGUCCUCGCCGCGCCAUCGCGACGCGCCUCUCCUCUGGAUCUGCAGACCGUGAGCCCAGCAGCAGCAGCUACAAUGUCUCAUCAGGAACUUUCUACAGCUGCGUCAGUAAGAUCACCAUCGGAUUUGACCUCGGGGGUCAAGUGGCCAUUGGGUUCGCCCACUGGAAGAGUCCUUUCCCAGGUAGUAGCCAGAACCUUCCGAGUCCAGAUUGCGUUCACUCUGAGGUCUCUGCAGUCCCGCCCAUCAGCGAGCACUUGGAGCCGGUGUCCUGCCCAGCCUCGCUGUCCAUCAGCCCGCUGCCCACCUUCAGUGCCAGCCAGGAGACACUUUGUGACAGCAGCACCAGUGUGAGUUUAUCUCUACAUGGGUUUGAGCCCCCACCGCAGACCCCCUACCGACGCAGAGUCCCGCUGCAGCCCUCAGGCUACCAGGCAGCGGACAGACCCCUGGCCUUCUCCUCCUGUGAGAGGGAGGAAGACACCAUGGAGGACUCCUCAGCUGAAGCUCCGGACUCCAGCACUCAAGACGAUGUGCCUCCCCUCGCUGUAAAGGAUGUUAAUGUGCUGCUUGAGAGAGUGAGGUCAGAGGGCACGAGCAGCCCAUCUAGAGACGAUGACGACUCCACCCUGCUGAACCCGGGAACUCACAGCAGCAUCCUCGACGAAAACACAAAGUCUGAAUCUGGCCUUCCAGAGGCGAGGAGUAAGUUGAGUGGCCUUUGCUUCACUGAUGGAAAGAGACGUAUCGACUAUAUCCUGGUUUACAGGAAGUCCAGCUCCCUGUCAGAGAAGAGGGAGGUGUUUGAGCGAAACAUCCGUGCAGAGGGCUUACACAUGGAGAAGGAGGCCUCAGUCACAAACAGUGAUGUGAUUUUUCUGAAGCUUCACGCACCGUGGGAUGUUCUUUGUCGCUACGCAGAGCUAAUGAACAUCCGCAUGCCUUUUAGGAGGAAAUUUUUUUACAUGAACCGGCGGCACAAGUUCAUGAGCAGGAUGGAGAAGCGCAUCAACAAAUUUCGUGGCUGGCUCCCCCGCAAGCUGAAGUUCGACAGCGACACUCUGCCUGACCUGGAGGAGAACGAGAGCUUUACUGCCCCUUUCAGCCGAUCGCGGAUACACCAUUUCAUCAUCCACAACAAAGACAUUUUCAGCAACGCCACCAGGAGCCGCAUUGUCCACCACAUCCUCCAGCGGGUCAAAUAUGAGGAGGGUAAAAAUAAGAUGGGUCUUAAUCGUCUUUUAAGCAAUAAUUCAUAUGAGGCAGCUUUCCCACUUCAUGAGGGGAGAUACCACAGCAAAAACUCCAUCAGGACACACGGAGCAGAGAACCACCGUCACCUGCUGUAUGAGUGUUGGGCCUGGUGGGGGGUUUGGUACAAAUACCAACCGCUGGACCUCAUCAGGAGGUAUUUUGGGGAGAAGAUUGGUCUUUACUUUGCCUGGCUCGGUUGGUACACAGGGAUGCUGUUUCCUGCAGCUCUGGUCGGCCUCUUCGUAUUCCUGUAUGGUAUCUUCACUCUGGAGCACUGCCAGGUCAGGUAACAAAUCUGCCAGGCCACUGACAUCUUCAUGUGCCCCAUCUGUGACCAGUACUGCCUCCUGAAGCUGUCAGACAGCUGCAUCUAUGCCAAGGUCACGCAUCUCUUUGACAAUGGGGCGACUGUUUUCUUUGCUGUCUUCAUGGCUGUUUGGGCAACAGUCUUCCUGGAGUUCUGGAAGAGACGCAGAGCUGUCCUCGCAUAUGACUGGGACCUGAUCGACUGGGAGGAAGAGGAGGAAGAAGUUCGGCCCCAAUUUGAGGCCAAAUACUAAAAGGAGAGGAUGAAUCCCAUAUCUGGGAAGCCUGAGCCUCACCAGGACUUCACUGACAAAUACAGCCGCCUCAUCGUCUCAGCGUCUGGGAUCUUUUUCAUGAUCUUGGUGGUGAUAGCCGCUGUGUUUGGCAUCGUCAUUUACCGGGUGAUCACCGUCAGUACCUUUGCAGCCUUUGGCUGGGCUCUCAUCAGGAAUAACUCUCAGGUGGCAACAACAGGAACAGCAGUCUGCAUCAACUUCUGUGUCAUCAUGCUCCUCAACAUGCUCUAUGAGAAAGUUGCUCUUCUUCUCACUAACUUGGAACAACCCAGAACAGAGUCAGAGUGGGAGAACAGCUUCACCCUCAAGAUGUUCCUGUUUCAGUUUGUCAACCUCAACAGCUCAACCUUCUACAUUGCCUUCUUUCUGGGAAGAUUUACAGGCCGGCCUGGUGCAUAUAUUCGCCUCAUCAACCGCUGGAAGCUGGAAGAAUGUCACCCCAGCGGUUGCCUCAUUGACCUCUGUCUGCAGAUGGGGAUCAUUAUGGUGCUAAAACAGACCUGGAACAACUUCAUGGAGCUCGGCUACCCGCUGAUCCAGAACUGGUGGACUCGGCGGAGGCUGAGGAGGGAGCACGGACCGAACGCCAAGGCCAGCUUCCCGCAGUGGGAGAGAGAUUACAACCUACAGCCAAUGAAUGCCUACGGACUCUUUGAUGAAUACUUAGAAAUGAUUCUACAGUUUGGCUUCACCACCAUCUUUGUGGCAGCAUUCCCUCUGGCACCUCUCUUAGCACUGCUCAACAACAUUAUCGAGAUCCGUUUAGACGCCUACAAGUUUGUCACACAGUGGAGACGACCUCUGCCUUCCCAAGCCAAAGACAUCGGGAUCUGGUAUGGUAUCCUGGAGGGCAUCGGUAUCUUGUCUGUCAUCACCAACGCCUUUGUCAUCGCUGUUACCUCAGAUUUCAUCCCUCGCCUUGUUUAUGCCUACAAAUACGGGCCCUGUGCUGGUCAGGGCCGAGCAGGAGAGGGGUGUAUGAUGGGCUAUCUCAACGCCAGUCUCUCUGUUUUUCGCGUGUCUGACUUUGAGAAAAGAUCUCAACCCAGGACUACUGGCUCAGAGCUGUUUGGAGAAACUGUCAAGUAUUGCAGGUAUCGUGACUACAGGGAGCCUCCAGUCUCAGACGAUCCAUACUCUUACACUUUACAGUUCUGGCACGUCCUGGCAGCACGACUAGCAUUCAUCAUCGUGUUCGAGCAUAUGGUCUUUGCCAUCAAAACCCUCAUAGCGUACUUGAUCCCUGACCUUCCCAAGGACCUGCGGGACCGAAUGCGCAGAGAGAAAUACCUGAUCCAGGAAAUGAUGUACGAGGCUGAGCUGGAGAGACUGCAGAAGGAGAAAAACGAGAAGAAGAAGAAAGACAGGGCCCAUCACAAGGAGUGGCCCUGAACACAUCAGCAGACACUUGGCUGGUGUUUGAUUUUUGAUCUGCUGUGGAGGAGAGAGAUGAGUGCUGAGUUUCCUGCAUGAUUCUGGACCCUCUCUCUAUGUCAGACCAGCACCUCCUGAUGGACAAGUGAUGAACUGCACCCAGCAGGGCCACAUGGUAACCUCUGUUCCUGUCAUGUUUCUUCACACAUAUGGAUGACUCCUUGAACAACUGGCCGUGGGUUUUGCUACUUUUUUUUUUUCCUCCACAUACUUCGGAUCCUCAGCAGAGUACGUCUUCAGAUCCUGAAUGUAGACUUCAAGCAAAACUCUACUUUUACAGACUUCUUGUCUUAACUGAGAGAAACAUCUCUCCAAAGCUUACUGAAUGACAAACACAGUUUACAUUUUGUUUUACUGUAAAUACAAAAUAUCAGGAUAUUUGCUUCGCUAAAGUGUAGUGCAGUAAAAACAUGAGAAUGUAGUAACCUCAAACUUAAGGUGGGAUUACUGGAAGCUGGACUGAAUUUGUUGAUGUUUUGCUGUGAGCUAAACUGUGUUGCGUGAUGGAUAGCAGGGAGAUACUGAGAGUGUGCAUCUCCGUCUAACUUUAUUUGGAUGUACAAGUUUCAGAUGAAGAUACAGGGUAAAGAAUGAAAAGUGGAAAUAGUUUGACGGGGAUUGAGGUUUCAGAAUAAAGUGUACAUGAAGCAGCUGCUGCCCAGCAAUCCCACCAAUAAAGAAAACAAGAUCUACAUACAGCAUAUGGGUUUGUCCAGAUAUUGAUGCAAUCCCACCAGUAAAAGUUAAAUAAACAUCUACUCUGCCCACGCUGUGACAGUGCUUAGAAACGCUUUUCAUUUGAAAUAGGAGGAAUCAAUGCAGUAAUAAACAUUAUUUAUUCUAAAGAAAUUUCAA